AUGAGCGCUCCAAUCAGCGCCAACGGUAACGGUCAGGCCAACGGCCAGAAUGGCUCGACAGCAACAAAAAACAGCAACGGAGUAUCACCAGAACAGAAAAAUGGUACAAACGGAAACGAUGCUCCUCAUGGACACCAUGCGAUAAAGCGUCCUAACAAGAUUGGAACCGGACUCAAAGAUCGCGUACACCAAAUUACAAAAGGACCUCCCGGAGGCUUCGACCCAACUCCGCUUCCCGAUGCGCCUCAAGGCUACACGGUUCGAUUCAUCUUCCACGGCGCUUCGAAUCUUGCUCCAGCCGACUUUGUCACCAUCUCUUCUGACCCUUUUCUCCAUGCGACUUUGAAAGGCACCCAGCCAAAGCGCCAUAAGGAGGACCCCGAUCUAACAUACAGGACAAGGACUAUCCAGAAAACCACUGAGCCACAGUGGGAUGACGAAUGGGUAGUUGCCAAUGUGCCACCCACGGGCUUUACCCUCAAGUGCCGACUGUAUGACGAAGACUUUCCAGACCAUGACGAUAGACUGGGCAAUGUUACGAUCAAAGUACCAAGUAUAUCGCAGGACUGGCAAGGAAUUCCUCCCCCAGGUCGUGUCUAUGAAGCCAAGAAGCGAGUUAUGAGCAAGCGGGCUUAUUUGACCAAGGCUGUCACUAGUGUUGUCAACCACAAUAUGCACAUGACUCCUCUCCUCCGCGUGAGCAUGGAACUUCUGGGACCCUCAGCUCCGCCUUAUGCACAAAUGCAUACCGUCGGUCCAACAACAUGGGUCAAGCACUUCAGUCCCUUGAUCGGUCGACUCGCCGGCGUCAAGGUCAACACUAAUUCCGACGACGACGCCCACACAGAUCAGGAUGAACAGGCUGCCCAGACUGGAAACAAGAAGAGUAAGACUCAAAAAUAUGAUUUCCAAGCGAAUGAAAUGCAGCUCCAAGGCCCGGUGCCACCCAAGCUGUACCACCGCUUUGUCGAAUUCAGACCUAUCAUCGCAUCAAUCUAUUCUUCGGCAGGUUUGCGCGGCACGAUCCUGAACAAGGCGCUGCAUGGCCAGCAUCGCCGUAUCUAUAACUUCAACGCAUCGACUGAAUAUGGACGCUUUGAUGCGUGCACACCUGAGGCUGCGGAACAGUUCCUAAAGCUGGUUCACUUUGACGAAGGGGGCCGUAUCUUUACUUAUGUUCUAACUUUGGACGGCAUGUUCAGAUUCACAGAGACCGGAAAAGAAUUCGGUAUAGACAUGUUGAGCAAGCACACCAUGCAUUCUGACGUGGAGACGUAUAUUGCCUGCUCUGGCGAAUUCUUUGUUCGACGACUCAACCGCCCUAUCGCUUCAGAUGAGCCGAACCCUCACACAAAAACGCACCCAUCGCAAGACAUUCCUGGCGGCCCGCCUAAUGAACAACCUCCGCACGACCCUUCUUACUAUCAAUUGGUCAUUGACAACGACUCCGGGACGUAUCGACCCGAUAAGUCGACACUACCUUACUUGAAGGACUUCCUUGAGAACAACUUCCCAGGAAUGGGCAUUGUAACGAUGCACUGGGAAGAUCAAGAGCUGCAGGAUAUGAAGGAGAACCAGCGCAAUGUCAAGAAGAACGAGGGCAGACUGGUCAAUAUGGUUCUCAACAGGAGCCAGAGCAGUAUCAGCUCCGCAGAGAGUGAAUUGGAUGAUCGCGAGACGUCUUGGCAGCAGGGACACAAGAGUAAGCGAGAGGCAGCCUACGAAGCUUUGGAAGACCCGCACAAGGUCAAAGAUGCGGUCAAAUCGAUGGUCCCUGGCUUGAAGCACGAGAAGGGCGAAAGCUCUAAAUGA